AUGGGGGGCACGGCCGACGGCCGCACCAUCGCAGGGGCCAAGAAGGCCGCGCACAGACUGGCGGUGAGCAGCAGGGAGGAGGAUCGCAAUGAGGCACCAGUUCUGCAAAACCUACUCAAGGUCGUUUCCUCUGCCGAGAACCUGCAGGUCGCGCGGAUCGCCACCAUGCAGGACGACGGGGAGCUUGAGAAGGACAUCCAGGUGUUGCUCGAUCACGGUGCUCAGUUUCCUCCGUCUGUGAUGGGGGCGCUGGUGACCAGGAAGAUCCAAGUUUGCAUCAGGGAGCAGAAGUGGUCCGACUUGUUGACCAUAUGCAGCCCAUGGGUAGUUCAGGGCAAGACCAGCCCCUUCGACCCGCUGAAUCCCACUUUGGCCGCGUGCGACGAAACCUUCGAGGGCAAGUUGGGGCUGUUCAACACGAUCGUGUUCGAGAGGACUCUGAUACCGAUGGCCCGAAAGGGCGCGGAUAAGAUCGAUGCAAUGAUUGCCUUCGUCAAUGUCUGCGUUCACGCGUUCGCGGCCGUGGACCUCGUCGACUUGGACGCCGAGGCCGCUGUGGCCCUCGACCAGUGGAAGACUUGCUGGAACUGCUUGCUUGCCAUUGGGAGUACCGGCGACUUGCGCAUGGAUCACAAGGACCUGCGCGCAUGGCAAUUGUACACCUUAGACGCCGUCUCUGAAGUGCACCGCAACAUGGACAAGACGUCUAAGAGCAUACUCGUCAUGCUGGCUGGCGCGAUUCACAACUGCCAGCUUUGGCGCACGAGGAUCUGCGACUAUGUGAAGAAGAUCCCAGCGAUGGAUACGCAUGGCAGCGACUUCUUGCGCAUCAAGAGGAUGAUGAAGGAGUUGCCCACCGAUAUCCCGAAGGCCAUUCAGCAUAUCCACGAAGUGACGACCAAGCUGUCAGUGUUUAGUCAAGCGCUGCGCGAAGGUGCUUCGGAUACUCUGAUACACGAUACUGGAAAGGCUAUUGUUGACCUGUGGCCUGCAGUGCAGAACGACGUUAUUCAGGCUGGCGGCCCUGGAGACAUGCUGAAGGUGUGGGUUGAGUCGCUGGCAGAGGCUGUGGUGCUGCGCCCGAUGGAUGCAGUGCUGGCCUCGAUUCACGUGGAAUCGGUGGAGGCGUUGGCAAAGACGAACCAAUCCAAGCUUCUCGGCAAAACGAGGGACGAGUUCAACACCUUCGCCUCCAACAGUGUCGUGGACGACGCAGUGAACCUCAAGAGCAUGGACGUUGAGAUUGGCAUCAAGCUGUCGCAGAAGCUUCGGGGCAUGCAGGUGGAACCAUAUGGAGAUAUUGCGAGCACUGCAAAGCGCGUCGGCCUUUUGAUGAUCAAGGCAUUCCACGACGAGCUGUUUGGAGCUUUUACUUCUCCUGUCAACGUCAUGGACUUCGGUAAGCAGCCGGCGAUCGUGGAGAAUCUUGCGUUCGUGUCCGGGGACGGCGACAUGGCGAAGAAGACGUCAGCCAUCAAGAAAUCCAUGGAGCUGUCCAUUCACCUCCACGAGCUCAAGAAGGACGGCCUCACGGAGCCGAGCCAGAUUGCCGAAGCAGUGAAGGAUGGAUUGGCGACUACGGUCAAGAUCCACAGGGCCAUCCAGCAGUUGGACUCGAUCGGCGCUGGUUGCGCCGACGCCAUCGCUGGCUCCAUCGGGCCCCUCAAAGACAAGAGCGAAGUCUUCCUUAAAGAGAUGCAAGAUGAAUACGUGGAGACGCGCCUGCAGGAGCUGAAGCACCACGCCGAGGAGCUUGUAACCAUUGCCAAGGGGUCCAAGGACAAGGACGGGAAGAGCUGGUUGCACGGCUUCAAGGGGUCGACCUUCCAGGACUUGGACAAGCGUGCGACGGCCACCAUCAGCGGCGUGAACCCGAAGGACCUGGUGACUGGCAUUGCGAGUGCGCUCAAGGCGGAGGACAAGGAGUCCGUCGGCGAGGCCACCGCCGCCCUCCAGGGCGCUAAGAUAACGAAGUUGCAGGCGCGUCUGCUGGUCCACCUUGUGAUUGAGGAUGUCGAGAAGCGCAGGGCUGGCGCGAGGGCAGAGAUCCAGGCGGUUCGCCCCGAGAUCCCUGAUUGGGCAGCGGUGCUGCCCGAACCGAUGGUUCGGAAAGUCAAAGAUGCAUUGGCGAUGACAAAGUAG